UAAUAAGAAAGCCAGUUGUGCAUACACCAACCCCUACCUAUACGCCUGUUAUCUGUCAAAACGGUACCCCCAUCGGAAGGUCCACUAGCUACUCCACUUUCAUGCCUCUGCACGCACCAACAAGGAGUUGUUGAAGUUACCUGAGAUUUUGGGUAUGGAAUUGCGAAUAUUUGACCAUGUGAAGGCUGAGAAGGAGAAGGCUAUUGCGAUGUUUAACCGUUUCCGCAGGAUACUCAAGCUAUGGCGGUCUUUCCAAGUUUUGGCUGUUUUAGGACUGAUCUGGUUAUCGGUGCGUUUGCCGGCGGUUUUGAAUUCGAGCAAUGUCUUCAACCACCACCUCGUGUUUCUUCUUGGAAACGCCAUCAUCGUUUCGUUGUUCGUGAAUUUCCGGAAAAACGACGACGUGUAUCUCUCCACUUGUCGCGAAUUUUACGAUGAGCGCGUGAAAUACUGCGACGUCGCUCACCAAACCGAUUCUUCUCUUCCCCCAACGCUUGCUGAGGAACUCGACUGCAACAAUGAGCUCAACCAGAACUUCGCAGCCACGGAACGAACCGCAGCAAUAUCGCAAAGUGACGACGUGAUGGCAGCGAUAGAAAAGGCCACGAGACAGAUAAAUAGGUUUCAGAGAACGCAAUCAGAGAAACUGAAGCAGGAGCUCGUGCUGCCGCAGCUUCCAAGGUCCGAAACCGAUAGCAGCCGGAAAACAUCAUCCCCAUCCGACGCGGCGGAGAUGGAAGCUCUGAGCAACGAAGAGUUCCGUCGAAGAGUAGACGCAUUCAUCAACAACCACUGGAGCCACGCCAACGCAAAAGCAAAUCGUUACAAAUAUCAUUAGAAAUUCCAAUUACGAUUCGUAGAAAAAACAUGAAACCCAUAGCAAAGUUCCUUCACACGAAAAAUUCUGCAGUUCACGUUACAAUUCAAAAUGCAUUCAUUAU